CGAGGGACACGGUUUAACGCUCCUGCGUGGAGUUAAUCGGGCAAUCAAAACAACAACAACAACAACAACAGCAGCAGCAGCUAAAGCGCCCAGAAGCCAGCGAAACAUGGGAAAGGCGGGCGCUGGCAAGGGUCGUUCGCCAACACCGACACCCAAUCGGGAUGGCGGGGCAACGGCUGGUGCUGGCAGUGGUGGAGGCGGUGGUGGUGGUGGUGGUGGUGUUGCAGCGGCACCCACAGCAACUGGCGGCACCACUGGCGUUGGUAGAUCCACACUACAUGCCAACAAAACGAUACUGAAAACGGUAUCCGUGUUCCUUGCCAGCGGCAAGCGCAACUCGAGCAACCAACAGUCGAAGGCCGCCGCGGCUGCUUUGCAGAACAAACGGCAACAGCGGCAACGGAGGAUGGAUGAGUUGAGCGGCAAAGUGAAUCCCAAGCUGUUGGACAGCCUGCGAAAGAAGACGCGGUUUACGAAGGACGAGCUGGAUGCGUUGUGCCGCAUCUAUCGCAAGCUGGUAUCAAAUUGUCAAUAUGCGGCCAAGACGCUGGCCUCCAGCUCCUCGAGCGCAGCUAUUGCCAAGCCACAUGCUGCCGUGGAGGGCAUCGAUCGCAUUGUGUUCCGCGAGCUGUUGCACAGCACUUUCGACAUCGUCACCGAGGAGAUCCUGAUGGAGCGCAUCUUCUGCAGCUGGGACAAGGCCCACGAGGGUUUGCCCCUUCGCCUCGAGGGCUGGCUCAUUGGACUUUCAACAUUCCUGCGCGGCACGCCGGCGGAACGGGCGGCUUUUUGCUUCCGGGUUUACGACCUGAACACGGAUGGCUUCAUCACCAAGGAUGAAAUGUUUACGCUGCUGCGAAAUUGCCUGAUAAAACAACCGCAGGACGAAGAUCCCGACGAGGGCGUCAAGGAUCUGGUGGAGAUUGUGCUCAAGAAGUUCGACCUGGACAAGGACGGCAAGGUCUCCCUGGAGGAUUUUAUGGGCACGGUCACCGCGGAACCAUUGCUAAUCGAGGCAUUUGGCCAGUGUCUGCCCACAGAUAGCGCUGUGGUUUCCUUCUUCUCCACGCUGCAGGUGUGAUCAGCAUCCAAAUAUCUUUGAAUUUGUUAUAUUAAUGUAAUUAAUAAAAUUUUAAUCAAUAAUUU